UCGAGUUUAGUUCCAUUCGAAGCGUCGGACUGAUCACAUCGUCGCGUGGCGUCUCUCUCCGUUUUGUGCGUCUCUUUUUUUUGAAAACUCGCAAUUUUGUGUCGAAAUAAUCAGAAUUAUCUCUCCCCUCGUUCACCAACUUAUUUAGUAUUGGCUCAUUUUUAUUAUCUAUAAUCGUGUGUGUGUGUGUGAGUGAAAAGGAAUCUAUAACGAGAGAGAGACGAUCGUGUGGAAUUUCCCUGGCUAAAACGACGAGAGAAAUUCCGGAUUUGUUGUUUGUUUCCGCUGGAUGUUUUCGUUUUGGUGUGUGUGAUUAGUUGGCCGUGAGGAUUAGAUGUUGUGUCGUCGUCGUCUCAUCAUCUGCCUGCAGUGUGUGUGUGUGUGGUCGCUCUCAUGAAUCUCAGGAUAUAUGGCGCCGUUGCGUCUCAUCAGCCUCCACCUGCUCCUCUUGGCGAGUUGGUGGUGGAUCGUCAUCAAUGCAGCCGAUUUCUAUGACGCAGAAGCACCGGGUAGUGGUGGAACUACAACGACGACGACGACGUUGGGUUUCAGUCACGAGCCGGACGAUGUGGUCGUGGCGCGCGGUCAAAGCGCCCGACUCGAUUGCCUAGUCCGUCUACCUCCUACUCUUCCUCCCAACGUUUCAUCUGACCGGAACUACAACAACGGCACAAGUCAACAGCAGCAGCAACAACAACAACAACCUCAACAACAUUUGGACGAGCCCAUUGCGUUCGACAUUCACUGGUUCCAGGACGGAAUGCCCAUCGUUUUGCCCGAUUCUAGACGACACAUUUUAGCCAACGGAUCUCUUUAUUUUGACAAGGUGUUGCAUAAACGAUCUGGACGGACGAGUUCGGACGAAGGGAUUUACAACUGCCUGGCGCAGCAAAGACAAACUUCUUCUUCCAAUUCCGGCGGAGGAGCUUUCAUUUCGCGAAAUGUUUCCGUUCGAGUCGCAGUUUUAGCGAAAGAAUUCACGACUUGGCCGCUUGACGCGACCGUCGAAACGGGCGAUCCCGCGAGAUUCGCCUGCGAAAUUGAAUCAGUGCCGGAAGCGGAAAUCACGUGGGAAAAGGAUGGAGCACCUGUCGCCUCCGAUCAAUCGACUGGCAGAAAUUAUGAUGACCAGGUUAACAACGGAACCGACAACCGAAAACCCAAUGUCAAUGGCUCCAUCACUUUAUCGGUCCAGGUAGAGAAGGAGCCCGAAAUUAGAUUUGUUAGUCUGGAUUCCGGCAGGAUCCUACACAUUUACAACGUCCAAUCCGACGACGCUGGAAUUUACAGAUGCGUCGCUCGAAAUGAAUUGGCCGACAAGGAGCGAAGGAGCCAAGCCGGGCGGUUGGUCGUCAAUAAUAAUCCAACUCCCACACUUCCUGGAACGGAUGGAGGCGAGACAAUUGUUUCUGCCAGCAGCAGUCGAUUGCCGCAAUUCAUUUCACCGCCUCCGCCCAACGACUUGUGGGUCGUCCAGGGAGGCAACGUGACCAUCGAGUGCCUGGCGACGGGCACCACCAAUGCCAGGCUCGGAUGGACUCUCAAUUCCUCCUCGUUGACAAUAGCAACCGCCGCCACCCAGACGAAUUGGUUACACGGACCGACGGGAUCAACGGCCGGGCCGGGCUAUUUGUCGUUGACGGAUGUCAAUCCAUCGAUGGCCGGCCGUUACACUUGUGUCGCAAUGACCACAACUGGCGGCGACAGCGUUGCCGGUCUUUCGGUGACGCAAUCGACAAAUGUCCACGUUGCCACUGUGCCGCAAUUCCUUCGGGUGCCCAAAUCCCAGGUCUUUCCCACGGCCAAAACGGUUCGAUUCGAAUGCGAAGUCACCGGAAUUCCGGCGCCGGAAAUUCGAUGGUUCAAGGAUGGGCGGAUCGUUCCGAUCGGCGGCCGAAUCAAAAACCGGAUUCGCAACGGCGGGACAUUUUCGGAACUGGUUUUAUCCAAUACGGUGACGGGCGAUUCCGGCAUUUACCAGUGCCAGGCCGGCAAUCGGGCCGGUGUGGUCUCAGUCUCUGCCCGGCUCCUGGUCAACGUCUCUGAAGGCACCCGGCCCGAACCGCCUUCCAACCUCAAAGCGGUGGCCUUGACUCCGACGUCCGUCAUGUUGACGUGGGAUCCUCCGCGCAACGUGCCCGUCGACGACGUCAAGGCCUACACCGUCCACUUUAUGCCGCUGUCGUCUGGCCAGCACUCGAGCGGCGGGACGUCCAGCAACAACAACAACAACGAGGAACACCAAGACGUGGCCAUCAGUUCCAGCCACAGGAUCGAAAAUCUCAAACCCAACGCCAAUUAUUCCUUUUACGUUCGGGCUUACGUCCGAAAAUCGGCUUCGGAUCCAUCGUACAAGCUCAUUUUUAAUCCAGCGAUUUUGAUCCAAUCGGCUUCCACCCCCACGGCAACCACCCAAAGCAACAACAACCCAUCCGACAAAGCGGAUCCGCCGGAAUCCCCGCCGACCACUCUACCUCGUCCUCCCAACAGGACCCUGCCGCCCACGGCCCCCAACGUGACUCUUCUCCCGCUCACUCCAAACACGUUGAGAGUCACGUGGCGACGGCUAGGCUCUUCCUCCGCAUCCGGCUCGUCCAGCACAGCGUCGUCGGUCUCUUUUUACAAGAUCCAAUAUCGACGCCACCGUAACAAGGAGUUUGACAUCGAAGUCGUCAAGGGAGACGUCCACGAAUACACCAUCACCGGAUUGCAUCCAGGGCGCAAGUACGACGUUCGCGUCUUGCCCGGCAGCAUGAACGGAGCCGGACCUGGCCAGUGGUACACUGUGGAAAUGCCCCGAGUCAUGGCGGAUGCCGAGACUACCACCACCACCAUCACUCCUUCUACCUCUCCGAAACUUCCGCCGUCGAAUCCGGACGUCCAACUCACGGCCGUCAAUGCCACGUCAGUUUUGGUGACGUGGGACAAUGUCAGCAGACAACCGGUGCGCGGCAACCAGAUCCAGUUGACUUAUCGAAUACAGGGUAGUCGAGAGACCAGUCCCGUUGUCAUUCUUCCGGCAGCUUCCGGCUCUCGAUGGAUCACCGGUCUCAAGGCCGGAUCCGUCUACGAAUUUCAAUUGGCGAGUAGAAGCGACGACCACCAGGAGGAGGAAGGCGGCGGCAGUUGGUCGUCGGUGAGCAGCAGCAGCAUCCGCACAUUGUGGAAUUACGACUCGGCCGCCGGAUACGUCAACGAAGAGGAAGACACGGAAUCCGAUCCGAGACCUGUCCGCAUCGAGGCGAAAGUUUUGUCCAGCAACGCCAUCCAGGUGUCUUGGCAGGUCCUUCCGCCGGAAUCAGCGGCCAACGUCCUUUACUACACGAUCCGCUACGUGGCCAUUCCGACGGAAUCGUCGAACGAACCAGUGCAAAAGUUCCAGUUUGUCCGUUGCACGGGUCAUCAAGUCGAGUUGACCAAUUUAACGGCUUUCACUCUGUAUCGGAUCAGCAUCCGCUCGCACGACCGCCAAGGGCGUUCCAGCACUUACAGCAGCCCAGCAGCUGAUGCCAGGACCCUGGCCGAUUUGCCGGGACCUCCGUUGGAUCUCUCUUUUACGGUCGAUGUGACGAGUGCCGGAACGACGAUGACGACGACGACAAAUGGGCAGCUCUUUUGGAAGGCUCCCCAUCCAGUGAAAGGAAACAUCCUCGGAUACGCCAUAUUGAUUUCCACCGAUCCGGAAGCGCCGAUCGACACUUGGGUGAGGAAAGAGGAGUCGGGAGUGUGGCUGAGGAGUCAGCUGCGCGGCCUCGAUCCUGGGACAGUCUACUACGUGCGGAUGCAAGCCCGGACGUCUGUCGGUUGGGGUCCUCUCACACCAGAGCCGGCCCUGACUUGCUCUUUCCCCCCGAACCAACCGGAAGGCAACACCCGUCCAAAAGACGAGGAGGCCAACGCCAACGAUCCUGCCACUCCAUCGGGCCAGCUCUACCUUGGCGCCUUUAUCGGGUUGGCCGUCAGCAUGAUCCUGGUGACCGUCUGUUGCACCACCGUUAUCCUGCGGACUCGUUGCAUCAAGCGGAUGACGCCAACGGAGCAAAUGUCCUCGCAACUGGCAGGCUCUCAGAUCCAGCAACUCCCAUCCGCCGAGACGACCGGGGCGACGACUGCGGCCAGUGUCAACGGGUUGGCAGUUUGCAACGGCCGGUUCCAGCACCACCGCCUGAAAAAGGAACAGCAGCCGCUGCGGCGGAACGGAUCGUUGCGGAACAGCAGCGAACGAUCGGCGGAUGCCACCAUGUUGGAAAUGGAGUCGUUUGUCCCGAUGCUGGCCACGAUUCCGGUCGAGGAAAUGCCGUCUCAUUUGGAUACCAAAGGAGGUUAUCCGUCUGGAUCUCGUGGAAGUGUUGCCGGAAGAAUCAUAACUCCGCCCAUUACAGCGACAAUAACGAACCGGAAGGAAGCGGAGGAAGACGAUGACGACGAUGCGGAUCGUAGUGAAUUGCCCCUCUUGUCCCUUUCUCACAGUGUCGUCGGCCAGCAGCACCACGACCACAUGAUGGUCGGCGGAUUGGACGGAACGAUCCUGUCUCAAGCCACCGAAACGACGUGUCUGAGUUUGGAUUAUUCCGGCCGCAAUCGGCGCCGCCGAAGACGGAAGCACCACCUUCGCCGACAGGGUUCGUUGCACAGUCACGACGACUAUGACGACGACGACGACGACGAAGGUGACAGUUCGUUGCACAGUUUGGACAGCCGGACGACGACCAGCAACAACAGCCAGCGACAGCAGCAGCAGCAGCAGCGGAGUAGUAGUGAGGCCAUUAGUUGCACCAGUGACAGUAGCAGCAGCAGCAACAACAGUCGUCGAUCCUUGCGGGAGGAAGAAGAAGAAGACAACGAUACGGGUAUCUGUCACACCGACCACCAUCAGAUGAUGAACGACUCAGGAUUAGUAGUGGCCGUGAUGGGUAGUGGUGGUGGUGUCGGUGGUGUAGCGAGUGUAGUGAGUUCCAGCAGCAGCAACAACAACAGGACAGGCCAAACGACGACGACGUUGACGCCAAAGGGGACAGGAGACCAAGAACAACAACAGCUGGUCAUUUCAACCUGAAAAGUGUGUGUGUGUGUGUGUGUGUGUUUUAUUAAGAAGAAUUGAAGAUGAAAACAGAAGAUUUUUUUACAAAAAUACAUCUCUAUCCCCUCCCCCUGCACUCCAACCUCCUUUUUGCUUCCAGUUCUGCCCCGAUCCUUGCCCUCCUCCAACAACUCCACCACCUCCUUCUCAGCAGCCUCCCAGGAACAACAACAGUUACGGGUAAACCUGUCCAAGACGGCCAUCUUCCCCGAGACCUUUUUUUUACAUACACACAUACACAAAUUGUAAUAAUAAUUAAAGAUAAUCGCGCGCGAGAGAGAGAAACUGAAACUCACACACACACAACAACAACAACAACCGUUUAUUGGAUCUUUUUUUUUUUCGUUUUUCUUUCCCUUUUUUGAGAAAAAUAUCAAAUACGUAUUUUACAUUUAAGCAUUUAACGCCCUCUUGUAUUGUAUAUUAUAACGCUUUUUUGGCUUCCAUCCGGAAGCGAAUGAUUUUUUUUUCUUUACCCGGUGAAGAAAUUUUGAAAUAUUUUUUUUGUGUCAAAAGUACAAGAAAAAAGAAUGUUUUUUUUUUUCAUCGGGAUUAAAUAAUUAAUUUUCGUGAGCGUGUGUGUGUGUGUGUGUUUUGUCGUGAAGGUGAAAAAUCAUUUUCUGUUUUGUUUUCUCUUUUUUACAAAAAUUUGUCUUGAAUUCCCAUCACCUUUUUGUUUUGUUUUCGGUUGUAGCGAGUCACAGUUGUUCUCUCUUUGUUUGUCCAAUCCAACCACACCCAGAAUCCUCCACUACCACAAGAAAAAAGAAGAAAAAAUCCGCGCUCAAAAUGCUCAAAGCAUUUCUCAGGACUCUACUACUCUACUAUUCUCUUUGUUUUCUCUCCACUUACUGUUUAUAUACUUAUAUAUAACUUACUACAAUGUAAAUAUGAUUUCUGAAUCCACCACCACUCCUUGAAAAAAACAAAAACAAGCCCAUUGAGAAGAAACAACACAAUUUUUUUUUAAAUAACGCAAAAAGAAUUCAAUUUAAUUGAAUUUUUCAAACAAUUCUGAUUUUCCUGAAUGGUACAAAAAAAAAAUUCGAAAUUUUCCAAAAAAAAAAACAAAAAACAAAAACAGUAUGGUUUGAAAAAUCAUUCACGCGGGAUCUACACACAUACACACCACUAAUAUACACAGAGAUCUACCUCGUUGAUUUGUUUCUUCUCCUCCUCCAGAUCCCAGACGACUUGUUCAGUUUUUUUAAUUAUUCAGUUCCAAUCCGUCAGAUUUAUUAUUAUUAUUUUAUUAAAUUAUUACUGCUACUACUGCUGCUGCUCUGUCUACCUCGUUGAUCUUUUGUUUCUCCGCCCACCACCACCACAACCACCAACAAAACCCCGAAUGAAUUCUCUGUCAAAACCUUCUUUUAUUUUUCCUCCUCGGUUCUCUGGUUGUUAAUUACGAUGUUCAGGGAUCGCCAUUCCGCCGUUGCCCGUUCAAGAAGAAAAGCUCAAAAGGAUUUUUCAAUUUUUAAUUUGACCUUCUCCUCUCCUCCUACACACCACCAUUUAAUAUUAAAUCUACAAUUUUACCUCCAAAAUCUCUUCAGAAAAACAAUAGACGAAACAAAGUCGCUCAACACAUUUUUUCCUUCUAGAUUCCGACCGUACCCAACCACACCUACACACAACUACAACAAACUGCUAAAGUAAAAGAAAGAAAGUUCCUUCUGGUUGCUAAAGGGCUAAUUUUUUUUUUAAAAAACAAAAUUUUUUGUUCAAUUCAUUUUUUGGGUCGCCUCAGUGUGUGUUUCACCUUCGAUUCUACUCGGGUGACACACAACCAACUCAAUCCACCAACCUUCUUCAUUUUUUUCGUUUGUUUCCCUUCUCCUUUUAUUUCAUCCCACGACGUUUUUUUACAAUUAGGAUCUAAUUCAAACAUGCGAAAAAAAAAAAAGAAUGAAAACACAAUCAGUACCUGAAUCCACAAACUUUAUAUAUACAUACAUUUUCUCUCUGUCUCUCGCUACACACACACGACGUGUGCUGCUAUAAAAAUCGUCUUUUUUUUUUCUCCUUUCAUUUCUUAUUUGUGUGUUUGUGUGUGCUCUGAAUUAUAUUUGGCAACUGGUUUGAAUUUGUUUUUCUUGCGAUUGAACUUUUGUGAAAGUGUGUACGGCUAAUUUUCUCGAGUGCGCGCGUGUUUGUAUGCAUCAUCAUCUCUAUUGAUCGUCUUUUACAUAAUUCUAUUGUUUGUAUUUUCUCGUGUGUGUUUCUUCUUCUUCUUCAUUUAUUUGUUUGUUUCUAUUCGCCCCUUCAACCCCUCGUCAAAGUUACCUGUUUCGAUUCGGCAUCAGACGCCACCAACACACGUACGGUUUAUCGGUCUUCAUGCUCAGGUUGGAGAAAAAAAAUAAAGAAAUAAUUUCAUCUGUUUUACCCGUAAAAGUUUUGUAAUACGUAAUACAUCGUGACGAUUGACAUUCAAUACAUAAAAAUGCGUAAUUAU